AUUGAUGGCUGAGGUUAUUUGUUGUGACAUAGCUAGCUAUAUAAUAUCUGCAACAAUUUGUCAUCAUAGUUUAUUAAAACUAUAGAAUAAAUGCAACAAAGCAGUGGUAAUACAACAUUAACUUAAAUCCGAAUCAUUCGAGAAGUAAUUUACGAUAAUUUUAUCAUGUUCUCCUAUAAAUUUACACAAUACAAGCAACGCGACCCUUGGCGUUGCACGUAAGCUUUACAAAGAACGCAUCUUCAGAGUGGUCAUUGAACAGGGGUAGCGAUGGAGGCUGGGGCGCGCGCUCUGGACGUGCUCCCGCUACUCCAGGAGCGGGUGGCGGCCCUGACAGGAGGUCGCGACCGCCGCGGUGGGCCUAUCAUAUGGUUCCCAGCGAACUCCCGGCGAGACAGAGUCGCGCCAGAUGACUAUAGGCGUUUGCUGCACUAUUUAAUCAGUAUACCUAGUGACUCGGUGAGAUCACAUGGAUUCACGAUAUUGAUUGAUAUGAGAGGUUCAGCAUGGGCAGCAAUAAAACCUAUCUUAAAAGUUCUGCAAGAACACUUCCCUUCAUCCGUCCAUCAGGCACUGGUAGUUAAACCUGACAAUUUUUGGCAAAAGCAACGCACAACCAUAGGAGCACAUAAGUACAAGUUUGAGACAACAAUGAUUAGCUUAGAAGCACUGCCUAAAGUAAUAGAUAGUUCGCAACUAACGCCAGAUUUAGACGGUACUCUGCAAUAUGAUCACGCGCAAUGGAUAGAUCUCAGAUUGGCCUUGGAGGAGCUGAUGUGGCAAGCUGGUGAGCUGCUGGACAGGCUCGAUGACCUGCAGGAGGAUGUUGCGAGAGCAGAUUUCGCCGAUGAUGUCACGGGCGCAAGGAGAGCUAUCGACGCGCACGCUGAUAUCAGCAAGCGUCUCGCCAAGGUCCCCGUCGACGAAUUGGAGGGUCAAGGCGAGCGAGUCCUGCAGCGUUUGGAGGCAGCGGAAGCAGUGUGCUCUGAGGCGAGCGGUAGCGGUGGCGAGGCCGCGUUCCACUGCGGCUCGCCCGGGGCCGUGCGCGCGCAACUCUCCGCCGUGCGCUCGGCACACGCGCACGCGCACAAGCUCUGGCAGCACAAGAAGAUGCAGCUCGACCAGUGCUUCCAACUGCGCCUGUUUGAGCAGGAUUGUGAGAAGAUGUUGGAAUGGAUCGUGAAUCACCGCACCGCAUUCUUGGCGACUUACGUGGAGAUAGGGCGGUCGUGUGCCGCCGCUAAACGGUUGCAGGAGGAACACGCCAGGUUUGCAGCAGCAUGUACAGGUGGAGGCAGGCCGAGUGUCGCCCGAGUCACGACGGCUGCUCGUCGUCUCGCGGACAAGCGACAUUACGCCGAGUCCGAGAUCUCUGCGCUAGCGCAUCGACUCGAACGAGCUUAUAAACAACUGUCAGCUGGUUUGGAAGAGCGUUCAGCGGUGUUAUCACUAUCAGUGGUCUUUCACCAUAAAGCCGAGGCGUAUGUAUCGGCGGUGGGUGGUUGGGGAGCGCAGUGCGCGGUCGCUCUACAGUUGGCUACGGGUCAGGGUGGAGCACCUUGCAACGAUCCUCGAGCUUUAGAACAACACGCGCAAAGACAUCGCCAGCUCUAUGAACACAUGUGCCAAGCCUAUACUGAGGUCCAUUCUACGAGUAAGAAGUUGUUGUACCAGCUGGAUCACCUCGUCCAAGUGUGCCAUCAAACCGAUCCUGCUGAUAUGAACGACGGUACAGUGAGCAGUGCAGGUAGCAGUGGCGGUGAUCCGGCCGCGGACUACAGCUCUGGCGCGAACCAUGUAUUGGCCGUCAUACACCAGAUACUGGGACACCACCGGGCACUUGAGGCGAGGUACCAUCAAGCCAGGCUCAAGCUGCAUCAGAGACUCGCCUUGCUUUUGUAUAAAGAAGACUGUAGGCAGGUGCUCGAUUGGCUGGCAAAUCACGGUGAAGUGUUCUUACAGAAGAAUACUGGAAUAGGAAGGAAUCUCCAUAAAGCUAGGGUUUAUCAGAAAUCUCAUGAACAUUUUGAAAAUGUGGCUCAAAACACAUACACGAACGCGGAAAAGUUACUGGCAGGCGCUGAAGAGUUGGCGCGGUCCGGCGAGUGUGAUCCCGAGGAGGUGCUGGGCGUGGCGCGAGAAUUGGAGGCUCAUGUCGCUGCCUUCGCUGCACGAGUCGACAGGAGACGGAGGCGACUGGAUCUCGCCGUGCUUCUGUAUACGCAUGAGAAAGAGCUGCUGCAAUGGCUGGAAACGUUGCGGAGUGGUGGUGGCGUGUGCGCGUCCGACGAUACGCCGGAGGCUGCGCGGCGUGCGCUAGACCAAUGCGCGCAACAUCGCGGCGCCAGCCUCGACGCUUGCGCCGCCACCAUCGCACAGGGGGAGGCACUGUUGCAGGAUCUACGAUCAUCGGGCGAUUCGGAUGCGGCAAGCACUGCUGCCGUAGAGACGACCUUGGAACGACUUAGAGGCACUCGGGGAGCUCUUGAAGAGCUCUGGUCUGAUCGUGAAAGAAGACUCGAACUCACGCUACAGCUUAGGCAUUUCGAAAGAGACGCCUUAGAGGUAUCGUCACGAUUGGAGCUCUGGGGCGACGAGCUCCAGAGGACGGAACCUCCUCGGGACCCUCAACAAGCUGAACAGGCAUUGGCUGCACACAACGAGAGUGUGGCUAGAAUGCAACAUGCCACCUUUCAGGUGGUUCAGCAAGGUCAAGAGCUUGCGGCGGCUAUCGCAGACGCUUCGGAUGUAAUGGCCUCAAGUGGCUCAGACGGAUCUGAAGCAGCUCCUCUUGAUGCGCAAGCGCGCGUUCAGCUCCUACUAGAGUUCUUACACGACCGGCAACUUGAUUUAGAAGAGCUGGCUGAAGAAAGACGUGCUCGAUUCGAACAGUGCGUCCAGUUAGGUCAAUUCCAAAAGGACGCUGCUCAAGUGGUUAGUUGGAUUCGUAACGGCGAAGCGAUGUUGGCGGCUUCGUUCUCAAUUCCUGGCACCCUGUCGGAGGCCGAACAGCUGAAGAGAGAACAUGACCAGUUCCAAGUCGCUGUCGAGAAGACACACGCAAGUGCAGUGCAAGUCAAGUACAGGGCUGAUGCUCUGCGAGCUGCCAAUCACUACGACCCACAUACUAUCCGAGAAAUCUCGGAAGAAGUUACUGAACGAUGGCAGAGGCUGGUGACCUGUGCGGAGGAGCGUCACAAGCUGGUAACUGCGUCCCUCAACUUCUACAAGACAGCCGAGCAGGUUUGCUCAGUACUGGAUUCUCUGGAGCGGGAGUACCGCCGGGACGAGGACUGGUGCGGCUCAGCAGCCGCCCCGCCCGCCGACGACCAGACUCUCCAGCUAAACAUCGACAAAGCCGCACAGGUGGCUGCAUUAAUAGUGAAGCAUGGUGAACAGAAGGAGGCCUUCUUGAAGGCGUGCACCCUUGCUCGACGUACCGCUGAGACGUUCCUCAAAUAUGCGGCGCGAUCCGCUCAAGUACACGGCCAGACCGCCGCGGCCAGCAAAGCCCAUCAUGAGCAAACCAGGGCUAUACUUGAUACUCUACUGGCUCAAGAGAAUAAGGUAUUGGAACACUGGACGGUGCGUAAGAAGCGUCUGGAGCAGUGUCAGCAGUUCGCUUUGUUCGAGCGGUCAGCGCGUGCUGCAGUGGAAUGGAUCAAGGAGACGCAGGAGCGAUGUGGUGCGGCCGCGGCGGCUGCGGCGGGCGGCGUCGCGCGCGAGUCCCGGGAACGCGUGCGUCUACUCGCUCAACUAGCCGACGGACUCGUCGAGAAGGGACACCCACAUGCCGUGCAGAUCAAGGAAUGGGUUGCCGCCGUUGAUGCCAGAUAUGCAGAGUUCAGCGGUUCCAUGGAAGGAGGUGAGAGCGAACCAGAGAGUGACUCGGGCGUGGCUCCUUCCCUAGCGUCAUCUCAGUCGGCGGACAACGACGCCCGCGCAGAACCGCAACCCACCGCAGUUGGCGAUGACAAACGACGCAGCGCUAGACGCAAAGAGUUUAUAAUGGCGGAGUUACUGCAGACGGAGCGUGCGUAUGUGAAGGAUCUGGAGACAUGCAUCACGUGCUACUUGCGGGAGAUGCGCACAGACCCCGGCGCCGUGCCACAAGCGCUGCAGGGGAAGGAGGAGAUCAUAUUUGGCAACAUUGAGGAGAUCCACCGCUUCCAUGAGCGUGUGUUCCUCCGUGAGCUGGAUAAAUACGAGACAAUGCCCGAAGACGUGGGUCAUUGCUUCGUGACGUGGGCGCGGGAGUUCGACAUGUACGUGUCUUACUGCCGCAACAAGCCUGAUAGUAACGCGGCCGUCGUGCAAAAUGCUGGCGACUAUUUUGAAAGGGUGCAACGUAAGAAGAAGCUGGAGCACCCUCUGGCUGCAUACCUGAUUAAGCCAGUGCAGCGUAUCACCAAGUACCAGCUGCUACUGAAGGAUCUGCAAGCCUGCUGCGCUGAAGGGCAAGGCGAAAUCAAGGACGGUCUCGAGGUUAUGUUGUCUGUGCCGAAGAAGGCCAACGACGCUAUGCAUCUGUCCUUGCUGGAGGGGUGUGAUGUACCCACAGACAGCCUCGGUGAAGUGGUCCUGCAGGACUCGUUCCACGUGUGGGACCUUCGCCAGAUCAUCAAGAAAGGUCGCGAGAGACGCGUAUUCCUCUUUGACCUACAUCUUCUGCUCGCUAAAGAAGUCAAGGACUCGCAUGGAAAAGCGAAAUACAUUUACAAGACUAAGUUCAUGACUUCCGAGCUUGGUGUGACCGAACACAUCGAGGGAGAUGAAUGCAAGUUCUCAGUAUGGACCGGCCCAGAGCCCAUGGCCAGUGACUGCCGCAUCGUGCUGAAGGCACCCUCGCUUGAGGUCAAGCAGACCUGGGUCCGACGGCUGCGAGAAGUGAUCCAGGAAACUUACUUUAGCGGUGCUCUUCACCAGCCACCCAGGAGCCCUGCGCGCCGUCCCGCUAGCUCUCAGCGCUCAAGCAGAGAUCUGGACGACACAAUACUUGAUGAAACGACGGAGAAUCUCGAUCGAAAUUCGCUCGCGUCUUUCGGCAGUGGGAACACCACCGAUUCCGAUAAGGCCGGUCCUGAAAUGACGUGGGUGCUAGCGGAGCACAAUGCGUCAGGUGCUGGAGAGCUGUCCGUGUCGAAGGGGCAGCAAGUGGAGGUGGUGGAGCCGUGGCAGGCGCGCGCCGAUUGGUGGGUGGUGCGCGUGCCGGGCGAACCGCCCCUCGAGGGCGCCGUGCCAUCGCACGUGCUCAAACUGCAGCCCCACCACCAUCCCCAGCAGAAGACAUCACCUUCCAGGCGACCACUCAGCCAACCCUGCGAAGAAAAUACAGAAGCCUCCAACUCGGACCCUGGCGGCAGUGUGAGCGCCGCUAGCCCAGUGAAGCAGCGCAAGCCUUUCGGCGGGAAGCGAUGGCUCGGCUUACGCAAACAGUCUCAAACCAAGACCGACAAGGGUGCCAGCGGCGCCCAAUCUCCAGCUACCACCGAUAAACCUGUGCCACUUAAAAAGAUACCAUCAGACAAGAAGCUUAAGCUCCCGUAUGCUGCCGCCGUUAGCGAUAAUGGUCGGGCCGAUGACCACGACGUAGGAAAGGGAGUGCCAGGCGUGCUCGACGAAGCUGAAGAUGAAGCCGCCGACGUAGAGCUACCACCACCAAUGAAGCCGUUACAGAACCCGCAGUCGGUGCUGCAGCAGGCACCGCAGCCUGCCGCCGCGACCGCGCCGCCCGCCGCGCGAAAUUCGAUGGCUAUGGAUGCCAUGGACAGUAAUGGAGGAGCUGCCGAUAUUGACGAGAUCUUACAAAUCGUCACUGCAAGAAUGGAGCAGCAUGGCGUCGCUUCAUCAUCUGGCAGGAACGGUGAGGAAGAAGAAGCAGGGCCCGUGACACCCGGCCCAAACUCGUAUGAAGAUAUACUCAAGAAAAGGGAGUACGUGCUUCGGGAACUAGUCGAGACUGAGGAAAUCUAUGUCUCGGACUUGCGCCUUGUGUGCGAGGGGUACAUGCGCCACGUGCAGGACCCGAAGGCCGAGCCUGGCCUGCCCGAGGGCCUGCGCGACCGACGUCAUCGAAUGAUAUUCGGCAAUAUCGAGGCUAUCUACGAAUGGCACCGCGACAAGUUUCUGAAGGAGCUCCAGUUAUGCAUCGAAGAGCCCGAACUGCUGGGACCGCUGUUCCGACGGUUUUUGGAAAAACGCAUGUUUCUGUACGAAGCAUAUUGCCGAAACAAGCCUGUCUCGGAGUACAUUGUCUCUGAGCAUGACAGUUACUUCCAAGAGCUACGAGUCAAACUUGGCCAGAAGUUGCAGCUCGGUGACCUGUUGAUUAAGCCCAUACAGCGGAUACAGAAGUAUCACCUGCUGGUGAAGAAGAUACUGUCGUACUCGGAGCAUGCGAACGCGCCGCCGCACGUGAUCGCGGCAUUGCGCGAGGCGGUGGAAUGCACCGAUAUUAUACCCAAAAAUGCUAACAACAUGAUGGACGUAGGCCGCCUCCAGGGCUUCGCGGGCAACAUAACCGCCCAGGGUAAACUGCUGAUCCAAGAACUGAUGAUAGUGUCGGAUGUAUCCGGAGGCAACGACAAGGGGAAGGAGCUCCAAGUCUUCCUCUUUGAACAAUGUAUCAUCUUCAGCGAGGCUGUCGGGAAGAAAUCAAUGUAUAGCAGCCCAACUUACAACUAUAAGGCGCACAUUCAGGUCAACAAGAUGGACAUGGAGGAGGUGGAGGCUCACGGUGCCUUUAUAGUUCGCAGCGAUGUCACCACUAAACCCAAGGCAAUGGCGUUCAUGUGCCGACCCUCGGAGGCCACGCGAUCCAACUGGAUCUCUACUCUCACGCAUAUCUUGACUCAACAAAAGAAUUUCGGAGACGCUCUCGAAAACCCUGGCGCUUAUCUAAGGGAGCAGCUUACUCGCGAGCCUCCUCGCGACCCCGCCGCUGUAGGUGAGGGUUGGUGCGGGCUUCGCAAGACGGAGAGUGUUCCGCCAUCUUUAGGCGGGGUGCUGGCGCCCGAACUGCGGGCUCGUGCCCAGCGCCCCCACGCCAAGGCGAAUACUAUCAACCUACCGACAACUAUUCGCGCCGAUGAGAGGAAAAAGGGCGGCGGUAGCUCUGCCGUCAGCCCCACCUCACCGCCGCAAGCUAAUGGCUUGUCCAAGCGGCCGUGGGGACUCAAGUUGCGACGCGGCGCGAGCGCUAGCACCACUGCCAGCAGUGGAGCCGGGGAGCCCGGCGCCGAGGGAGUGGUCACCGAGCUGCGCGCGCCCGAGCUGUCUGAGCCCGCGUCCGACGUGAUGGUCACGCCAGGCGCCACCGCCACCAUCUCCUGCCGAGCUGUCGCCACUCGCGCCACUGCGUCUUGGCGCAAGACUGCACCUGAGACUCAUGCACUACGUCACGGUGGCCGGUUUGCUAUAUCAAUGACUCCAGACGGUCUCGCAACACUGACAAUACACGCCUGUCGUGCGUCAGACGCUGGUGUGUAUUGCUGCCUUGUCAGUAACGAGUUGGGAGGAGUGCAGAGCUCCGCGCGGCUAACGGUGGGAGCAGGUGGAGCGCCUGGUGUACCAGCAGUGCGUGCGCACCCUGGCGGGGGCCUGGUCAUACAGUGGGACGAGGCGACUCCUGCACAUCUCGAGUACUGCCGCGUAGGGGAGGGAGAGUGGCGAAGAGCUACUGAAACCCCAGCGGCGGCCAAUACGCUGGCGCUAGAAGAGUUGCCUGCGGGACAGUACAGCUUCCGACUGAUCUGCACGCGGAGUGGUGCGCCCGGGCCUGCGUCGGGCCCCGCGGCGUGCGGCGGCGGCGGUGCGUGGCAGCGCGAGCAGUUCGCGCGCCGCUACAGCGUGGAGGAGGAGAUCGGCCGCGGCCGGACCGCGCGCGUACUCGCAGCCAGGGACACCGGCACCGGACAACGAGUAGCAUUAAAACAGGUGUUAGCGGGUCGCGGUGCGGACGCGAUGCGGGAGUACCGCAUCCUGUCCCGUACUGCGCACGGCGCGGUGGUGCGCGCAAUGGCGUUAUUCCCCGAGGUGCCUCGCGCGGGCGCUCACACUCUAGUGCUAGAGAUGGUGAGCGGGGGCCCACUGUUGGACUGGGCCGCCUCCUCGCCGCACCUCUACACGCAACACAUGGUCGCGCACCACACUAAACAACUACUGUCUGCGCUCGACUGGCUACAUACCAUCAACGUCGCACAUCUUGACGUCAGGCCUGAGAACGUGCUGGUGGAGUUAGGUGGGUCGGUACCUCAACUGAAGCUGGUGGACCUGGGCUCCGCAGUAGAGACAGGGGAGGGCGGGUCGGGUAACACUGGUCGCGAGGUGCUCCCACCGGCGCCUGCGCAGCUGGAGUUCGCUCCGCCAGAGUGCGUGCUGGGCCGGCCGCCUGCACCCGCCUGGGAUGCCUGGGCCGCCGGCGUGUUCCUCUACGUGUUCCUCACAGGGUUGUCGCCGUUCCUGGAUGAGUCGAUAGAGGAGACGACGGCGAAUAUAAUAAAGUGCGACUACUGCUUCCCGCCUGAGCACUGGGCCGAGGUGGCCGAGCGCGCUCAGCACAUGAUCCGCGGCCUGCUCGAGCCGGCACCCGCCAGGCGCCUCACGCCACGAGACGCGCUGCAAGACCCAUGGUUUGACGAGGCACCCACCACAGCAUUAUCAGCGACGCAAUUGAAGACGUUCCUGGACCGACGGCGUCCCGCGGGACACGGAAACGUGUUGCACUCCCUGCGCUCCCCCAACGACACCUGACGCGAGGAACAUGCGUCGGCGCAGUAGUGCGCGCGCGCAACCAACACUAGCUCGCCGAUACAUGUCGAUGCAUACAUUGCCUACCUAUACCAACCUUACAUUAGAAGAUUGUGUUACUCAGUCUUUCUUAACAUUCUAUAACUUGACUACCAAGUCACCGUAAGCAUGCAUCGACGUCUCGUAACCUGACCAAGUGAAGCGUCGCUUCUCGAACUGAUAUUAAAUUUGAAGCGACACCGAAACAUUGGGGCGACCAAUGUCUCACUAAAUAUCCAUACUUCUUGUAGCCAACAUUUUAUGUGCAAGUAAUUAAGGAACAAAGGCGCUAGCCAAAAGUAGAUCUUAUUCAAUAAUCACUCAAUAGGAAUAUGUUAUAAUUUCUUAAGCUGUAGUUUACUGUAAUUGUUCUAUAGUCAAUGUGCCCACCUAUUGAGUUUGGUAUUUUAGUUAUUUGGAUUUUAUUCGCGACUUGUUUGCUGAUUUUAAACAUUGCUAUCGGUAACUUCAGCAAACCAAUCUGGUGCCGCGUCAUCACUCGACCGGUUACCGACAUUAUUUUAAAUCAAUAAAUUAAUCAACGAACAACUCUUGGCCUAUAUAAAUUUUAUAAUAUUCCUAAAGUGGCCGAUUUUAAAGAAAAGUGUCUGUGAUUUAUGCUAAAAAUGAAUUUUUCAUGCUUAUUCCUAAUCUUAUCGUAUGUACUUGUUAAAUUAAUAAUAAAUUGAUUAUACACUAAUGAAUUGUAUAUAGAAUUAAGUUUUAGUGCGUCAUUUUAUUUUAUUUUAUUUGUGACCAAAAUGCAAACUAUUUGAUCGUGUACGUGUGAUGUAUCGCGUCAUGGGAUAGUAUAUACGUGAGAUAUUAUGUAGGACUAUAUAAUACGAUAGAUGUAACGAUGGAAUGUACGCCGCUACACUGCCGCUCGUGCGCUCUGCCGCUCAACAGACGCCUUUCCAAAUGUAACUCGUAACCUUAGUUAUUGUAAGUAAAGUAUUACUUUGGGCAAUGUUAAGCUUUUAUGUCAGUCGAAUAUGAAUACAUGAGACAACUAUUAUAAAGGAAUUAGGAAAACUAAGAUAUUGUAUACUGCUUAUUAAUUCUAAACUAAAUGACAUUGACGUGGGGCGCUGCGUUCACUGAAUUAACGUAAAUAAGUAAUACAAGUACCUACACGUUUUAACUAAAAUAUAUUUUGUAUAUUCCAUUCGUAUUUUGGUUAAAUGCAACUACAGAACUCAUUAUGGGAAACAAGUUGUACAUGGGUGGCUACAACGAAACGCCUUACAGGUCUGUGAUCUAUAUAUUUGAACUUGAAUGUUUACUUAGGUUCUAAAUGAGCUUCGUUCUAAAGAGUAGUAUCUUUUUAAGGCGUUGUCCACUGUCUCACGCACAAAUGUAAACUUCACUGACGCACUACGGGGUUACAAAUUGCUGGGUAAGAGCUACAGGGGUCAAAGUAUUUAGUAGUUGUCGCCGCACUCUUUGGCCGCUCCCAAUUGUCAAAUGUUAGUGCCCCAGUCGCAUUUGAGCAGAACCGCGACGGUUUUAAUCUUGUAACAUGAAUUGAAAAUCGAGCGCGAAAAAACCGCAAGUGCAAGUAUUCAGAUUCUUGUUACACAAAUUACGCGGUAGGAAACCGCCGCGGUUCCGCUCUAGUCCAGCCGGGGCCUUAGAGCGGCCAUCAAGUUUGCCGAUAACUGUAUUUGUAGGGAACAGACCAAAGACAGGUGUUGGGAUCUCAUUGAAUAGUGAGAGAGGAACGUUUUGUGUAACAAAAAGGUCACCACUCUCACGUAAUUUUAUUUGUAGCUGGCAACUUCUAAUCCGUACUGCGUCAGUGUUGCAUUAUAAUAAUAUGUUCCUGUAUAAUUUCCACUUCGUAUCAAUAAGCAGCUACCCGCGGUGUCAUUAUUAGAUAUCAUAGUGUCUAAAGCUGAUGUAUAUUAUAAAAUCGUAAUACAUAAUUUUGAAAAAAAUA